AUGGGUGACGGACCGGUGACAAUCGCUGAUCAAGAUCACUUGAGAACGUGGCUGAACAAGGAACUAUCGCCUUUAUGCGAGGCCGAGCUUUCCACCUUGGUCAGCUACAUCUUCGCCUUACUGAAGAAACCGAACAAGACUGCCGCGCAGCUCAAGGAAUUCUGUGCUGGCCAACUGGAAGUAUUCUUGCACAAUCACACGCGCCCCUUCGUUGACAAGCUCUUCACGGUGCUUGACAAUGACUCGUACAUCCCGAAAUCGAAGCCGGCACCUCCGGCCAAACCCGCUGCUGCCCCCAAGCCCACCGAGGUUCCUGCCAAGGCGGCCCCUGCUCCAAAGGCUGGCACCUCUUCCUCGUCGGCCGCCUCCACUUCACACUCCGAUCGCCCGCGGCGCGGCAAGGAAAACAAGCGCUCGGAGCCAGAGGAACUCACUCCGCCGCGGAGGGUGGUUAUGUUGCCAUCUUCUCCUUCCCCCGAACGUGUCGUGCCGGCGGCGCCUGCUAAAGUGGAAGCGGAAAAGCCGGUGAAGCCUGCCUCGACGUCGGCUGCACCUGCAUCUCAGUCGAAGCCCAAGCCAACUACUUCCGCCGAACCGGCCGCAUCCGAAUCAGCGGGACGAAGCCUGCGGAAACGUAUAAGCGCCCCAUCUCCGGAUGAGUCGCGCACCCGCAACCGUUCUCCACCAGCCGGCCAGCGUCGUGAUGACCGUCGCACGACGCGUCGUCGCUCGCCCGAAAAGUCGCGGAAACGUUCUCGUUCCCGGUCGCGCUCGCGGAGCAACGAGCGCAUGCGCGAGGAGCGGAAUCGCCGCAAGCGUUGCCGUGAUUAUGACCAAAACGGCUUCUGUAUGCGCGGCAACAGCUGCCCGUAUGACCAUGGCCCGGAUCCGGUGGUCGUCGAUUCGGUGGACGGCUUGAAGCAUCUUGGAGACAAGGGACUGAAGAUUCCGGUCACCGGCCCGCCACCGAACUUCUCCGUGCCGCCGCCUGGAUUUUUGCCGCUCGGACAACAGCCGCCACCUCCUGGAAUCGUGGAGGGCUACAAUCCCGACCAUCCACAGAUCAACAUCGACUUUUCGCACCCACCGCCCCCGAUUGCCAUGCCGGGCGCGGGACAGUGGCGCCAGCAGCCGCAGGUCACCUACAUUCCCACCAGCAUCGCACAGCUGGAGCAACAACAGCAGCAGGCGCAGAACUCAAUGGGCGACAACCAAAGCUUCGGCGGUCCGAUGCGGCGCGGCCGCGGCUUCUUUGGCGGUCGUGGAGGUCUCCGCGGACGCGGCCGUGGUGGUGCCGGCGGACGAUUCCAAGAGCCCGUCUCCACACAGGGCCGCUGCCUCGAAGUGCGCAACAUCCCGAUCGAGCUCAACACGAUCGACAAGCUGAACGCGCACUUUGCCCAAUUUGGAAAAAUUGCCAAUCUGCAGGUGCAAUACCAAGGAGAAUCGCAGGCUGCCCUCGUCACCUUCUUCACCAAGUUCGAGGCCAACAACGCCUACAAGUCGCCGGAUCCCAUCUUCAACAAUCGCUUCAUCAAGGUCUUCUGGCACAACGACGCCCCGCCCGCAGCUGCCGAUUCCGGUUCCGCCGAGGAGAACAAGCCUGGCGCUGGAUCUGCUUCUUCAGCGAAAAUCGAAGCCUCCGCUGCAACGCGGUCAUCAGUCCAAGCUCCCAAGAAGCCACCGGUGGCAACCCGUGCCCAGGCCGUGUUCCGCAACGCCGAUUUCGACGAGCUGAUGCGAAAGAAGGCUGCCGAGAAGCAAGAGCGAACCCAGAUGAAGACUCAACUCGCCAAGCUGCAGGCCCUCCAGAAGAGCCAGACCGAGGGCAUUGACCGGUAUCUGAAGAGCCAGAAGGCGGCCAUGGAGCUGGCAAAGAAGCAGACCAAGCCCGACGCCAAGAAGAAGGCGCUGAAGCUGUGCUCCGACCUCAAGAACAAGAUCGACAUCCUGCGGAAAGAGCGCAACGACAACAUUGCUGAGAUUGCCUCGUUGAAGGACAAGCUCGCCCCGCAGUCGGCGCCUCUAAAGGAAGAGAAUGGUGCUGGAGAUGACGGCAAGCUGAAGGAGGAGGAAUUGGACUACAGCGACGAGCCGAUUGCCGGCACUGCC